ACUCGCGCUCACCUACGGUGCAGACCGAACCGCUCCGCUAAUACUUUAUAUUUUUUACGAAGUGUGAGAAUUUCGAUUUUUUCGAGAAGUGCAUUUCGGCAGCGGAUCACCUAGUCGAUCACGAGAAAAAGGGAACUUGACUAAAGAAGGAGCGAGUGGCUUCCUUUGCGCGUGCAUGCGGAGCCCGAACGCCCCCGCGCGCUGCCUCCGCCCGAGGUGUGAUGAGGAGUAGUGAUGGCGCCAGAGAGGCCUCACCGAGGGUAGGAUGCUGACGGAGGUGCUAAGCCGGGUGGCGGUGCUCUCGCAGGGCGUGGCCCGCUCGCUGGGGGUCAUGUGGCCCCACGCGGAGAGCGAGGACCCUGCGGCGGGCGAGUGCGCGCCGCGGUGGACGAGCCCCACGGACAUGGCGGCGCUGGGCAGCGUGGUGUGCGUGCCGCCCUCGCCGCGGACGCUGUCGGCGCCGCCGCCCCACUCGCCGCCCCCUCCCUCCGCCCGCCGCUACAACGCGGGCGACAAAGACUGUGAUAUCGUGCGGGCGGGCAUCCCGUGCUGCUACAUGGACGAUGACUCAGGCGUGGGCGAUCCCGCAGCCGCGCCCGCGUCGCUGGUGCCGCAGACUGCCGCGGGGCACCUGCAGCUGCCCUUGACGGAGCUGCGCUGUGACAGUGACAAUGACAGUGGCCUGGUCAGCUGCGGCGACAGCGACCACGCGCAGAGCCACGACACGGGGGACACGCCCGUGCCGCCGCCCUUCCUCCUCUGUGAUAGCGAGCCGCCGCUGCUGGCGCAGCCGCCCUCCGACUCGCCCGUGCCCUUCCGUCCGGACUUCGACCACGUGGUGGCGGCGCCGCGCGCGGGCACGCCCCCCGCCUUCACGCGCGACCACCUGUGGCCGUCGCCGCGCGACAGCCGCUACGAAGACCAGGGCUUCGGCGACCUGUCGAGGCGGGACCACGCGGCGCUCAGCGACCUGGACCAGCACGAGCCGGCGGUGUUCAACGAGCCCGCGAGCCCCGUGGCCGCCCGCAACGCCAGAAACGCCCUCUUCCACGAGAGCCCCAAGUGCGCGCCCGACAGACACGCCAACCGCUACUUGAGCCCCAACAGUGCCAGCAGGAAGUGGCGCGAGCGGAGAAGUAGCGGCGAGGCCGAGGCCGAAGAUGCGGGCGUGGGCUUCGUGGACAACUUCCAGUACCCGCCGCCGCCCGCCGCCGCCGCCCACAACCCCUUCGACGCCACCUUCCAGCGUGCCGUCAAGCAGAGGCGCUUCCGAGCCAAGAAGGAAGCGGAUGGCGACUACAAUGGCACCCACGAGAUCGAGCUGUGCGAGGUGGUCCCCGAGGGCCACGACAAGGCCGACCCCAGCCAGUUCGAACUCCUCAAGGUGCUCGGCCAGGGGUCCUUCGGGAAGGUGUUUCUGGUGCGUAAGAUAACUGGUCAGGAUGCUGGUACACUGUAUGCCAUGAAGGUGCUAAAGAAGGCAACACUGAAGGUGCGGGACAGAGUACGAACCAAGAUGGAACGUGAUAUUUUAGCUGAUGUUAACCACCCCUUUGUGGUUAAGUUGCACUAUGCCUUCCAGACUGAAGGAAAGCUUUACCUUAUCUUAGAUUUCUUAAGAGGAGGAGAUCUGUUCACUAGACUAUCAAAAGAGAUUAUGUUCACAGAAGAGGAUGUUAAAUUCUAUUUAGCUGAAUUAGCAUUAGCACUAGAUCAUCUACAUUCACUUGGCAUUAUAUACAGAGAUUUAAAACCUGAAAACAUUCUACUAGACGCAGAUGGUCACAUAUCCCUCACAGACUUCGGCCUGUGCAAGGAGGCGCUGGAUGACAAAAAAGCGUAUAGUUUCUGUGGCACUGUUGAGUACAUGGCACCUGAGGUGGUCAACCGCAGGGGCCACAACACUGCUGCAGAUUGGUGGUCCUUUGGUGUUCUUUUGUUUGAGAUGUUAACAGGUGCACUACCAUUCCAAGGAGCUAACAGGAAAGAGACCAUGACCCUAAUUUUGAAAGCGAAGCUGGGAAUGCCACCGUACCUGAGUCCAGAGGCCCAGUCUCUCCUCCGGGCGCUCUUCAAGAGAAAUCCGGCAAACAGAUUAGGUGCAGGUCCGGAGGGAGUGGAGGAACUGAAGCGUCAUCCCUUCUUUGCGUCCAUUGACUGGGUCAAAUUAUAUAAUAAGGAUUGUGAACCACCUUUCAAACCUGCAGUCUCAAAAGCAGAUGAUACAUUCUACUUUGAUCAAGAAUUCACCACAAGGACACCUAGAGACUCACCAGGAGUGCCACCUAGUGCCAAUGCUCACCAGUUGUUCAAAGGAUUCAGUUUUGUGGCACCGUUCUUAUUAGAAGAUCAGUUAGAUGGUAUAGAAAUGAUACAGUCACAUGCUAUAGAAAAAUCAUCACCUCUAAGCAAGAGAUUAUCUGGAGUUAAACCCAAUAGCAUUCAUGACGAGUACCUUCUGUGCGAGGAAAUCGGCCGGGGAAGCUACAGCGUGUGCCGGCGCUGCAUGCACCGCUCCACCAGGAUAGAGUACGCCGUCAAAGUCAUUCCCAAGAAGACCAGAGAUUGCCAGGAGGAGAUCGAGAUACUCUACAGAUACGGGCAUCAUCCCAACAUUAUAUCCUUAAGAGAUGUAUAUGAAGAUGACUCGCAUGUGUACCUGGUAAUGGAGAUGAUGACUGGGGGGGAGCUCUUAGACAAAAUCCUUCGCCAGAAGUUCUUCUCUGAAAGGGAAGCCUCAGCCGUGUUGCUGACUCUAACCCGCGCCGUCCAGUACCUGCACCAGAAUGGGGUUGUGCACAGGGACCUAAAACCCUCAAAUAUAAUGUAUGCAGACAUCUCAGGAAGUCCAGAAUCCUUAAGGAUAUGUGACUUUGGAUUUGCAAAGCAGCUCCGUGCAGAGAAUGGCCUGCUCAUGACACCCUGUUAUACUGCAAACUUUGUGGCUCCAGAGGUAUUAAAAAAGCAAGGAUAUGAUGCAGCCUGCGAUAUAUGGAGUUUGGGAGUCCUUCUCUACACAAUGUUGGCUGGGCAAACGCCCUUCGCGCAGGGCCCCAGCGACACGCCAGAAGACAUCCUACAGCGUAUCGGCGAGGGCAAGUUCAGCCUCGACUCCGGGAACUGGGUCUCAGUGUCUCCCGCCGCUAAGGAUUUGGUGACGCAGAUGCUGCACGUGGACCCCGGCCAGCGGCUCAACGCGGGCCAGGUGGUGUCGCACCCGUGGCUGCUCCACCGCGAGGCGCUGCCCAACCUCAGGCUCCUGCUGCAGGACGCGUCGUUGGUCAAGGGCGCCAUCUCCGCCACGUACAGAGCCAUCAACCACGCCCCUCGCGCGCCCAACCUGGGCCCCGUGGCGGCGUCCGCGCUGGCUCGCCGCCGCGGCAAGUCGAGGCCGAAGUCGUCGACGGAGGUCUGACAUUCGGCCGCCCGCCCCGACCCGCCGCGCCCGGACGUGAUGGACACGUCCCCCCUCCCGGAGGGCCUCCUGGAGGGCCUUCCGCAGGGCCCCGCAGCCCUCGACCACGCCCCUCGCCUCUCCUCAGCGCCAGAUCCUCAGCAGCAGCACUUCGACCAGCGUCAGCAACAGCAUCAAACGCCACAGCCAUCCCCGACGGCCUCCCGGGACCCCGCGGCGCACGACGGUCCCCAGGGCUCGCCCGCCCGCGCCCUUUUGGGCUCGGAGAGCGAGGGGGGCGGGCGCGUGCCCCCCCCUCCCGCUGCUAGUCCUCCGACCCCGCGCCCUGCCGUCACCAGCGCCCCCCCCGCCCCCUCGCCCGGCGUCGACUCCCCCGCCCCCCCCUCCAAGCAGCAGCCCGGACAGGCCGCCACCAAGCACCGCCGCCGCUCGCACCGUCGGCAGCGUCGCCGUCGCCGCGCCGUCUCCAGCGCCUCGUGAGCAAGUGGGCGGCCGGCGUGAGGAGGAGCAGGAGGAGGAGGAGGACAGACGCGCCCCUCCGCCAGCCUCUGCGGCAGCCCUUCCGCCAGGCGUCGCCGUAGGCCGGAGGGCGGGGCGGAGCGCGCGCGCGUGCGAGCGAGCAAGAUACAGUACCCAGGAUGGCCAUGACAUGCAGUAGCUCAUUAACAGUCCACAGUCCACAAUCAGCCGUAAACUAACUAGUCGUGUAGAAUAUAUUUUUUUCAUUUUUCUUUGUUUCCACGUGGGUGACAGCAAGAGCCAAGAAGCGGCGGCCCUCGUCGCAGCGGAAGAGCGGAGGGCCAGAAACACGGACGUACACUGACAUCUUUCAUACAUUUUUUUGUCACUAACGAUAAGUGUCUCCACCUGCGGGACUGUUUCGCGUUCGCUGGAAAUCUUACAUAAAUGAAUACGAUACAUGGGCAUAAUGUGGGUACUUUUUUGUAUGGUGACUCCGUAGUAAUUCGUAUUGUGCAUUGUAUGUGGUUUAUACUGAAUCUUACGGCACCUUGAUCCCUUCGGCUUCAAUCAAACAGGUGCAGGGAGAAGAAGGAGAAGAAAAGAAAGAUAAAAGGAGGAGGAGGAGGAGGAGAAGAUGGAGAGAAGUUACCGGAGGCGAACCAGGUCAAGGUGAUAACAUAUUUUCCCCCGAAUCUUCUAUCAGUGUUGUAAAAAAUUGAAAGUAUUCUCUUUUAGUCUCGUCCAGUCAUUGUUAUCGUGUGUUGUUAUAUCAGGAACAGAAGAGGGGAGAGAGAGAGAGAGAGAGAGAGGGAGGGAGAAACGCGAGGACAAGAAAGGAGGAGACGGAAUAGGGUGGGGAGGGGGAGGAGAUAAGGAGGGCAAGAUGGGGAAGAAGAAUAAAAAGAGGUUGAAAGGAAAGGAGAGGAAGAGGAGGAAGGUUAAAAAUAUAAAGGAUAGAGAGAGAAAAAGAGAUAGAUAUGAGGCGGCAGGAAGAGGGAGUAGGAAGAGACGGGUAAACGAGGUGCAUAAAGCAUAAUUCAAUCAUUCCUAUAUCUUGUCGGGAGGUCUGUGUUUUCUCAGUGUCACCGGAAUGGCAUUUCAGUGUUUUAUAAGAAACAGAAGACGUAAAAUAAUCCCCAAAAACGUAAACGGAAAAUAAUUUUUGGAAAAAAAACGAUCAUGAUCCAUUCAAUAAGAAAGAAAGAAAGCGGGAAAUGAUUCAUGCAACCAAGAAAACGGGAAAUGAUUCAUACAGCAAAGAAAACGGGAAUUGAUCAUCGUGGAUGCUGUGCUCCUUUUUCAAUGUGGACGUUCGAAGGGCAGAAGGGAGGCGGCGAUAGGCUUGUCCCUUCGCUCUCUGGUGUAGGUGUCACUCGUCUCCGUUCUUGAGCUUCUGCCGUAGAGCUUUUGCAGUGUUCCCAAUAUUUUCAGUGUUAGGAAGCCCUUUCAUUUCCUCGCCAGCUCCUCCGGUCAUCUCGCACUGCCCGUGGAGAUGGCGGAAAGACACACGCAGAUAUACACACGGGCUUUCUUUUUUUAAGAGUCUGCUGCGUUUUUGGGAAAAGACGAUGACAAUGGCAUCCCCCACCCCCCUUUUCGUCUCUCCCUAUUUUUUUUCCCUUCCCCUCUCCUUUUCCCCUUCUCCAUCUCUCCCUCUUUUUUCCCUUUCUCCAUCUCUUCCUCUACCCUGUCCUCUAGCAUUCCACAGGUGUGUUGCAGGUAUGUCACGUGUGCUCGCCAGGUGCUCUGUAUGCCUGCCACGUGCAUCCUCAUGCCCAUGCCGAUCGUAUGCCCGUAUGCCCGUCUUCCUCUCCACUCCCCAGUCCCCUUCCCCCCGGUCACUCUUGCCACUCCGCCGCUUCUCCCAAGUCCACAGGAUUCGUGUCGUAAAUUCCGGCGUCUCGGCGCUCGCCCAGGUAUCCUCCGGGGCUGCUGAUCGUGGCCGGACCCAGUCGAUUAGUUCCCGGAGCUCGUAAAGCGUCUGCAGCGCUGGUCUUCCGCCCCCCUUCGGAAUCCCCUUGCCAUUCCUCUUUCCCUUCCUUACCCUCCUUGCCCCCCGUGCCUCUUCUUAGCACAUUCGUCCAUAUCCUCCUCCGCCAUCCCUCCCGACUCUCCUUUCCCCCAUCUCGUCCAUCCUUUCCUCUCCUUCCUUUCCACAUCGUUUUCCUUCUCCCCUCACCUUCGUCUUUCCCCUCUCCCUCCGUGUUGCUUCAUCCUUUUCCCCUCUCCCUCUGUGUUGCUUCAUCCUUUUCCCCCUCUCCCUCCCUUUGCCCAAUCGCUCAUUCUCCCCUUUCCCUCUCCCCUGUCCCUCCCUCUCCCUCCUCCUCCCCCACCCCAUCGCCAGCGUAACUCAAGCGAGCAGACCGAGCGACGUUGCAGAUCAAAUUUUGCCCGAGUACAUAAAUUAUGUGUUCUGCUGUAGGCGGCGAGGACGAGGAAGCAGAAGGUGCAAAAGUUGUUAUUCCAGCGCCAUUCACUUGUUUGUUCCAGCCUUUACUUGUUCCCUUUUUUAUUUUGUAAUAUCAGUUUUGUUGUUGUAAAUAUAUAGAGAGAAAACGAAGCGAAAAGAAAGUGUAUUAACCAGAUGGUCUUAGUAAAUACUUUUUACUUGCCAUUGACAUUUUUUUUUUCUCCAAAACAUGAUAAAUGAAUAGUGUUCACAAAAAAAGAGAGAGAUCCUUAGGGGGAAAAUGAUAAAAGUAUUUUUUUGAUGGCAAGUUGUAAAUUUUUUAUAGGAUGCUAUGACGUAAAUCUAUGAUACCGGUGCAAUGCCCACACAGCUGGAACUAGCUGAGCCGGGGGAUUGAGGGGGGGAGGUGGUACGGGGCAGAGGGGGCGGGGCAAGGUAGGGGUGGGAAAGAAAGAAGGAAGGAUUUUUAGGGUUAGUAUUUAGGGAAACAAGUUACUCAUGAGUUACCUAAUAUCCUUACGUAAGGGAAUCAGUAACCUUUUUUUUCCUUUCUCAUUUUUUUUUUGUCUUUUUUUUAUUUUUUUUUGGUUUACGUAGUCAUGUACAUAUAUACAUAUAUAUCGCUGUUAAACUACACUUCUCAUCCUAGCGCGUGUUGAACAGAUAGUUAGAAGCAAACAAAGAAAACGGAUCCAAGUUCUCCCUGCCUCCUGCUCCACGUACAAGGUGCUUUCGAGCAGGAGAAUUGGAAGAACUUUAACAAUAAAAGACAAAAAACAAAAAAAACUAAAAAAAAAAGAAUCGUGAAAAGGCGCCCACACGACUGCCAUGAGACAGCAAUUUGUCAUCGAGCAAGAGAAGAAUGUUUGCAAGAAAGAAAACGGGAAGAGACAAUCCUGUCGGGGUUUUUGUUUACGUCAUCUCCUUGCCCCGCCCCCCCCUCGGUAGGCUUCAUGGUGGUGCCAGCUGUGAAUAUUUUGGAAAUUUAUUUUUACUGUUGCUAUUUAAAUGUAAUGUUUAAGUUCCGAAUAAUAAAGAUACUUCUUACAAGCAGUUAA